AUGCCCACGCUUCUGGGGGCUGGAAAGCUCAAGUCCUCGGGCUUGGCAGCCAUCUUUGGAGUGGUUCUCCGGUACCCACGGCCCACGCUCAUUGGAGCUUCUUUGAAAGUCUUUCUUUGUUCGUGCUGCUUGGGUCUUCUUCCCAUGAUCUUCCCCUUCACUUUCUUGACCUUUGCUUUUGCUGCCUUUGCUGUAUUGGUCAUCUGGAGCUUUUUUGCGAUCAGCAGCCUGCGGAAGGAAGGCCGUGUUAAUGUUCCUCCGCUCAACUCGGAUUUUUGGAGGCCUGUUGGAGAAGAUAGGAUCAAAUCGUUCAUGGAGUACCGGCAAUUGUACAGUGAGUGCUCCAUGCUCUUCUUCGGCGACAACGGCCAAGGGGACCUCAUGUGUGCGGAGCAGCUGACCAGGAUGAACGUCGGUGGCGAGGGCACCGGCGGGGGCGGCAUGGUCUCCGCUGCUUUCAUCCACCAGGUGGCAGAUCCUGCUGAGCAGCUUAGUGAGUUGGAGAAGUUCGAGGAUCAUGCUCUGGCGAAGGAGGAGUAUGCCUCCAGAGGCAUCUACCUCUACCGCACUUACGUCGGAGCUGCCAUCCAUGUCUACAACUUGGGCUUCAUUUCUCAGGAGGGCCUCUUCCGUGUGUGCACCGAGGCGGUGCAGGACAUGGUGAGGCUUCGCAUCCGCUACUUAGGCUGCGCCGAAGCACGGCCCUGGAGAGAAGUGGUCAAUGAGAUGAACGAAGAUGUAGACCGCGCCAACGAACUCUUGCGCGAUAGCGGCCUUCAGGUGGCAAAGGCGCCGAUUUCUGUGGAGGUGAAUCUGGCACGUGGUCCUCAGGUUUCUGUGGUAUUGCUCAGUGGAAGAGGGGCUUGGUGUAGAGCAGACCCAGCUCGCACUGUGAAUGAGCUCCAGAAGGAAGCCCAGCAGAGGUUGGGAGUUAGCAUUGCAUAUUUGAUCACUGCAGUGGGUGCGAAGUUGUCAGAGACCACCAUGACCAUGGAGGAAGCAAGAAUUGGCCAUGAUGAUUAUGUACAAGCGGUUGUAGCGUCUGAGGCCCCCAACUGCCCUGACCCUGACCUCUCUCGUCGCAGUGAGCACAGCUUGGAGGAUCUGGAAAGCCUUGUGAACCUCCUCUUGGACGCGCAAAUUGGCUUGAUCCGCUUGGAAUACUUGAUGGAGCUACGUGCUCGUGGCGACCAACUACCGCGCCGGCAGGAUGCUGAGCAUGAGAUGACCAGUAGCAAGCGCACUGCCAUCGUGAGCCGCGAAGAACUUAUGGAGUUGGAAUUGGAUGAGAUGGGACACAUCACCACAUUGAUCAGCAACCCUGGACACUACUUCCCCCCAAGCAGAGUGAGGGUAUCCUUGCACUCCAUAUCACACCCGUGGGAGACAUUGGAACAUCCAGACCCUUGGGGAUAUCAGCUUCAAUGGUUGAUCGAAGAGUGUCGUCCUGCACUAGCCGAGGGCUUGGUGUGGGUUUUUGUAGACUACACUUCACUGUAUCAGCGAGGUGACCGUACCGAAGAACAGAUCCAAGCGGUUUCUCACGCUUUGUGGAACGCACACGUGCUUUAUGCUCACAAUGCCAUUACGGUGCACAGAUUGGAGAGCCUGACACCAGAGACUGAGAAAGCUGAUGGUUUCAUCCCAGUGUUUUCUGAAGAGGCCGGAAAAGUAAGUGAGAUGGCCAUCAAAGACCUGACGAUGAAAGACACGCCUUGCAGUGAUCGUGGAUGGUGGCGAGGUGAAAAGCAUUGGUCAAGUCCGCGAACCCCUGGCUCAAGCUCUCACUCUAUCCCUUUGCUACCUCGCUUGUUCAAUAUGCUCAUUGAUGAGCUUGUUUUUACCCAAGACGAUGACAAGAGGAUUGUUCAGGAAGUCCACAGGAAGUUUUUUCUUGAGAGAGUCUCAAAGUGCAGAAGUCUGACACUGGAGAAGCUGCACGAAGAGGCUGUAGAUUUUCAGUGUGAAGCAUUGCGCUUCUACGAGCAAUUGGACAAGAUUGUGCUCAGUCAGAUGUCUCUCAAACAUGACGCAGUUCUUGCUAUAGCCCAGACCAAUGCGAAGUCGAUACACCUGAAGAGAUGUGGCCUUGCAGACUAUGAGGUGGAAAUCCUGUCCCAUGCCCUGAAAGAUGAAGAUCAUCCAGUCGAAGAGUUGCAUUUGAGCCAUAAUCCCUUUGGUGAGAAAGGCAUGCAAGCACUGCGGGAACUUUCCAUAUUGAAGCCCGGUCUUACCAUUGAUGUCUUGCAAUUGCCAGACAUUGAACUGGAGUUUGGUGUGCCAGAGGUUUUUCAGAAGAUCUUGAUGGUGACACCAUCAUCAGUUUUUCUAGAACACAAGCCUACAAUCGAGAUCAUUGAUUUUGGAACGCUCAAGCUGCCAGAGGGUAUGAUGCCUGCAAGCCAUUUGCUACAGCUCUCACCGGAGGGGGUGAACUUCCAGAAGCCUGUGCGCUUUCUGGUGCCCACACACAUCGGGGCCAAUGCUGCCUGGCGGUCCAACUCUGACGGCAGCUGGGAACAGGUGCCAGCGCAGUUUCGCCAUGGAUACAUGGAGGUCUACUUGAGCCACUUUUGCCAGCUUUACUCCAGCAGACCAGAGAGGACAGACUUUGUAAUGAAAGCUGUAGCAUUUUUGAACCCAAGCGCAUCAUCAGAGGCUCCAGAAGGGAGACUAGCAUUUCUUGAAGCUGACUGCCCAACUUGUGAACAGGACCUCAAUCAAAGGAUGGAUGGAGUCGUGAGAUGUGUGGUGGAGGAAGCGGUUGAUCUCUUUAGUCCUCAGAGAGAAAUUCACAUCUUGCAGGAUGGAGAGGUGAUCCAAAGCUUUCACUUGAACUUUGAGAGUGGAGUUCAGAUCUCUGAGGGCUUCGAGGUUCCGUUGGACAUUCAUUGGACCCAUCAGUUGUAUGUUGAGAUGGAGGUGGUUGACCCAGAGACUGGAAGAAGCCGACGUCGGAUGUACACCUUUGACUUUCCAGACAGGUCAAUGUCAAUGCCUGAUCCACCUCCCCAACCAUUGCCAGUUCCCCCACCUCCUCCACUGAUCCAGAACCCAGUUCCUCCUCCACUGCAGGGCUCUCCGCCAGACCCUCCGCCAAACCCACCGGCAGAGCCCCCACCAGUUGCGCCAGAGGUGCCCCGGCCACCACCUCCGCCAAUUCACAGACGGCAUUUGAUGUUGUCUGGAAGGUUCAAUACCACAGAGAGGGUUGAGUACAUCCGGCUGGUGCAAGUAGCACUUGAAAGCUAUGGCAUUGAGACUUUCAUGGUCGAUGUGGUCGCCAGCCAGCAGUUCAGCUCCGCCACCAGGGAAGGAUUAGUGAAGAUGAGGAUGAUGGCAGCGUUCUGUGAGUGGGACUAUGGCUCACAAACAGACGUAGGCUACGAGACCUUCCAGGAACUCGAGUACGCUUGGGAGAAUCGGAUUCCAAUCAUCCCCGUGAAACUGUGCCAGGAUUGGCCCCCCAGGCCUCCGGAUGAGGCUGGCCGAAUUCAAAACACGUACGUGUUUCGGAAGAGUCUUAUCUACAUCGAUGCUGUUGCCAUGUCAAUUCAGAAGGUUGCAGAGGAAAUCGCCCAAGCCUGGCGACAAGCUGCAUGA